CUCCGUCGCCGGGACGUGGGAAUUUCCUCAAGUUUACCGCUGAAAAAUCACUUUCACGCAUCCAAACAGUGCAUCAGCGCCUUCACAAGACUCCAAGGAAGGAAAUCAGGCAGUCCAGGAAUCAUGGCGUGCCCCAUCGGUCCGGAGGAGAUCAAGAAGCUGAAGAUGUUUGUGGGCUUCUGCUCGCAGAAUCCCGCCAUCCUCAAUAUCCCCCAGCUCAGCUUCUUCAAGGAGUUCAUCGUGAAGAUGGGCGGCAGCGUGCCCGAAGCGGCGCCCAGCUUUGAGCAGCCGCAAGCGAGCAAGCCAGCCGCCGCCGCUCCGCCGGAGAACCCACCGCCGGAGGAGGAAGAGGCAGCGGCGACGGCGCAGCAGGAGGAGAGCGAGCCAGAGUCCGAUGUGGAGCUGGACCGCGAGGGCUGCGUGGAUCCGGACACGGACGAUCCGCAGGAGAUGGGCGACGCCGGCAAGGAGCCCACAGAUGAUGACAUGGACAGGGCGAGCGACUGCCGGGCGCAGGCCGCGGCGGCGUAUUCCGAGCAGAAGUACGACGAGGCGAUCGAUCUGUACACGCAGGCCAUCCUCCUGAAUCCCGGCAAUGCGCUGUUCUACGCCAAGCGCGGCCAGGCCUUCCUGAAGCUCGUCAAGCCCAAUGCAUGCAUCCGCGACUGCGACAGGGCGCUGCAGCUGAACUGCGACUCCGCCGCGGCGUACAAAUUCCGCGGCAGGGCCAACAGAUUGCUGGGCAACUGGGAGGAGGCGGCCAGAGAUCUGCGGCAGGCGUGCAAGAUUGACUACGACGAGGAGGCGGACGAGUGGCUGCGCGAAGUGACGCCCAAUGCGAAGAAGCUGGAGCAGCAUCGCGUGAAGCAGCAGCGCAAGAAGGCGGAGAAGGAGCUGAAGGCGCGCCAGGAGCGCGUCCGCAAGGCGCAGGAGGCCAACAGACGCGCGGCGGAGGAGAACAAGGGCAAGAAUGACGAUGGAGAUGGUUAUCCGGGUGGUGGAGGCUUCAAUUUCGCCGAUAACGACCUGUUCUCGGCAUUCAAGGACCCCGAAGUGGCGGCUGCGCUGCAGGACAUCAUGACCAAUCCGGCGAACAUCAUCAAGUAUCAAAACAACCCGAAGAUCGUGCAGCUGCUGGAGAAGCUGGGCGCCGCCGGCGGCGGAAUGCCGGGCUUCAUGGGCGGCAUGGGGGGCAUGGGAGGAGGUGGCUUCCCGGGUGGAUUCCCCGGCGCUGGGGGCGCUCCGCCGAGUGGCGAAGCGCCGAAACCGCCGCCCAAGACAGACCUCAACGAUGAUGGAUUGGAUUAAGAGUUGCGCCGCAGGGAGAGAUCUUUUGUAGCUUUGUUCCAAGUCAAGAAGUUUUUUACACUCACAUCUCCCCAAAAUAUUGUAAAUUAGACUGUAAGGAGGGUUCUAUAUGUUGAUAAUUCACAGGAUAAUGUAUAGCCAAAGCAUUGAUAAGGGAUGCUUUUAUCGAUUUUCUCGUGCUACAUUUGUCACUGUAUGGAAUAACAUUGAAUUAAACUUCUCCGACGCCCCAUCUCGCCGCGAUGCCUCGCGAGGGGGGCGCAUUGAAAUCAAA